UUGGACUGGGAUUUGCAUCAUUGGUCCCUCUGGUUCUCAGGCCUGCAGAUACAAGCCUGAACUACACCACUGGCUUUCCUGGGACUGCAGCCUGCAGGCUGCAGAUCGUGGGACUCCUUGGCCUACACAACCACUCCUAGGUCUGACGGCUGCCCUCUGAAUUCUUGCGUUGGAGCUCACUGCACGGAGGCAGAAGUCGGGACUGUGAAAGGAAUCAUCCCACCCUUAGGGGACCUACGGUAAUUGCCGGGUGGAGAGCUGAGUGCCCUGGACGCACCUCGCCGGUUCGGCGCCGGCUGGGACAACAAAGGGAAGCGUGGACAGACGAAGAAGCUUCGAGGUGCGGGAGAGGCGGGGGCCCCAGGGAUGGUGCCUUGAGUCCACGGACCCGGACCCGGAUCCACAAAAAGAUUCUCAGACGGCCUUUGCUGCAUGCCAGCCCGGCCAGGGAAGGGAGUGGGCUCCGCACACCCCGCGCUUGCCGCCGAGCCUCUUUGGCGCAGGAACACAAGCUCCUGUCUCAUCCUAGGCUUCCAGAACCUCUGAGACCGGAGGCCCCCAGCUCUACCUCAUGCGUGCAGGAUCUGGCUAGCCAUGGCCCUCCUCCUCAGCUUCCUGCUGCUGCUGGAGCUGUUCUGGGAUACCUCUGCCCUGGGGCCUUUGUCAUCCACAAAGGGUUCUGAUGGUUUGGAAUUUGAAUUGCCGACCACGAACUAUGAGACCAAAGACUCUUACAAAGCUGGGCCCAUUGGUGUUCUCUUUAAAAUGGUGCAUGUCUUCCUCCGUGUGGUGCAGCCCAAUGCUUUCCCUGAAGAUAUUUUAAGAAAAAUUCUACAAAAGAAGUUCGACUUCUCAACUGAGUAUGAGAAGCCAGAAAAUGUAGUCUUGACUCUGAAGAUUAUCUACUAUGAAAUCGGGAUUAUUAUUUGUGCUGUCCUGGGACUGCUCUUUGUCUUUCUGAUGCCUCUGGUGGGGUUUUGCUUUGGUCUGUGCCGUUGCUGUAACAAGUGUGGUGGAGAAAUGCAUCAGCGGCAGAAGAAAAACGGGACCUUCCUGAGAAAAUACUUUACAGUCUCCCUCCUGGUGAUUUGUAUAUUCAUAAGUGUGGGUAUCAUCUAUGGCUUUGUGGCGAACCACCACCUGAGGACCCAGAUUGAAAAGACUCGGAAGUUGGCAGACAGCAACUUGAAAGACUUGAGAACCUUCCUGAAUGGAACGCCAGCGCAAAUCAACUAUGUGCUGAGCCAGUAUGCAACCACAAAGAAAAAGGCAUUCUCGGAUCUGGAUAAUAUUAAGUCAUUGCUAGGAGGUGGAAUUCACGAACAGCUAAGACCCAAAGUCACACCCGUGCUUGAUGAUAUCAAGGCCAUGGCAGAAGCAAUCAAGGAGACCAGAGAAGCCUUGUUGAAUGUAAACAACACUUUAAAGGAGCUGAAGAGGUCAACUGCACAGCUUAACACCAGCCUCAGUGAUGUGAAAAGGAAUGUGGAGCAGUCACUCAAUGACCCCAUGUGCUCUGUCCCGCCAGUGGCUACCACUUGUAACAACAUCAGAAUGUCCCUUGGCCAGCUGGAGGACAAUACCAACCUGGGUCAGCUCCCAUCUUUGGAUCAGCAAAUUGAUAAUAUUAAUGAUGUUCUUCAAACAGAUUUGUCCAGCCUGGUCCAACAGGGCUAUAAAUCCUUUAAUGAUAUUCCUGAGAUGGUGCAAAAUCAAACCACAGACAUCAUAUCAGAUAUCAAAAGUUCCUUGAAUUCCCUUGGUUCAAAUAUUGAAAAUAUAGGCGAGCAGAUUCCAAUACAGGAUAAGCUGUCCAAUUUCAUGGGUUACAUUAAUGACACUGAAACUUACAUCCACCAAAAUUUACCCACAUUGGAGGAGUAUGAUUCGUACAGGUGGCUGGGUGGCCUAGUUGUCUGCUGUUUGCUGACACUCGUGGUGGUUUUUUAUUACCUGGGCUUGAUGUGUGGCACAUGUGGCUAUGACCGCCAUUCCACCCCAACUGAACGAGGCUGCGUCUCGAACACUGGGGGCAUCUUCCUCAUGGUCGGGGUUGGAGUCAGUUUCCUCUUUUGUUGGAUACUGAUGACCAUCGUCGUUCUCACGUUUGUCAUUGGUGGAAACAUGGAAAAACUGGUUUGUGAGCCGUAUCAAAACGGGAAGUUAUUCCAGAUUUUGGACACACCGUAUUUACUAAAUAAGAAUUGGAAAUACUAUCUCUCUGGCAUGGUGUUUAACAACCCGGAUAUUAAUCUCACUUUUGAACAAGUUUACAGUGACUGCAAAGAAAAUAAGGGCAUCUAUACCACGCUUAAGCUUGAGAACAGCUACAAUAUCAGUGAGCAUCUCAACAUUCAGGAGCAUGCUGGAAACAUAAGCAAUGAUUUAAAAAAUCUGAAUGUAAAUAUUGACAAUAUUGUGCUGCUGGACGCAACAGGGAGAAAAAACCUGAUGAACUUCAGCGCUUCGGGAAUAGACACCAUAGACUAUAACGUCUACUUGGCUGAGAUGGGUAAAGCUCCCACCAAAGUGAAUCUUUUAGCCUUUGCAAGUGAUCUAGAAGCAAAAGCUGACCAUUUGCCCCAAGGAAGUUUGAAACAGUCCCUGAAAAAUAAUGCACAAACUAUUAGAACAGUUCACCGUGGCCAAGUCAUUCCUUUGGAACAGUCAAUGAAAUAUGGAAAGGCAAGGAGCACUAUCUACCAAAGCAUCAAGGAACUUCAACUCAAAAGCAGUGGAUUGAGGGUGAAAGUGGCCAAUAUUCUUUCCUCUCUGGAUUCUGCUCAGGACUUUCUCAAAACUCGCAUCUCCUCAAUUAUUGUUGAAGAAAGUACAAAGUACGGGAACACGAUAAUAGGAUACUUUGAACACUAUCUGCAGUGGGUCAAGAUCUCAAUUACUGAGCAAAUUGCAGCCUGCAAACCCGUGGCCACUGCUUUAGACUCUGCCGUGGAUGUCUUUCUGUGUAGCUACAUUAUCGACCCCAUGAAUUUGUUCUGGUUUGGCAUAGGGAAAGCGACCGUCUUUUUACUCCCCGCCAUCAUUUUCGCUGUGAAGCUGGCCAAGUACUAUCGUCGAAUGGACUCCGAGGACGUGUACGAUGAUAUGGAAAAUGGUAAUAUUGGUUUUCAUAGACAUCAUUCCACUCAGACUGUAUGAACAAAGUUUUUAAACAGACCCAACGGCACGAGUUCUUGACCUACAGCAUCUCCAAAUUCUGCAAAAGAGACCCUUCCCUCCCGGAGUUUACAGAGUUCAGUGAUUUUAUAUGCAACAUGCGCUCACGCGCCAAAGAGUGAAAAACCGUGUACACCUAUUUUUUAUUAAUCUCUAGAAGUUUUGCUUUAAUCAUCUGAGCCUUCGAUGAAAAUUUCAAUAUGUAAUACCUUCAUUGGAUUUCCAGGUUAGCUUUGGGAGCAAGAUGUGAAUUGUGUCCCACUUCCUUCCUUGGGAACUUAGACUUGUAGUUAGAGAACGUUCAGCAAAUCACAGAUGUGUGUGUAUGUGUGAACAAUAAAAGAAUGAUUUUGGAAA